AUGAGCGCAAAGAUAGAAAAGAUCAUUGUUCGACUGCAGGAAAAAAUUGGAGAAGGCCAAUACUAUGAAGCCCAGCAACAAACCCGAGUCGUCGCGGCGCGUUAUGUCAAGCAAGAGAACUGGGCCGCAGCUAUAGAUAUCAUCUUCAAUGUCGCAUCAUCGUUACUUAAAGCGGGGCAAGGGGGAAGUGGUGGUGAUCUGGGUCUGCUCCUGAUCGAUGUCUACAAACAAGCAGAGCUCAAGCCGGAUGCGGGCAACAAGGGCAAACUGUUGACUCUGCUACGACUGUUUGACAGCGAAGAACCUACGAGGAAGAAGUUUAUUACAGAAAUGAUUGGAUGGUCUUCGAAGUGCGGGGAGUACCCCGCUGGGGAACCGGAUUUACAUCAUGUUACGGGAUCAUUAUAUGCGGAGGAACACGAGGUUUAUGAGGCUGAAAGACACCUUACGCUAGGCACAAAGGACUCGCCAGAAGCUUUUGUGAAGAUGGAGUAUGAAUGGUACAAACAGGACGAUUCGCAUACUGCGGCACGCUACGCUGCUCGUGUAGUCUUCCCCUACCUCCUUACGGGCAAUGUACGCGAUGCCUCGAGAUCACUGCGACUUUUCACGAGUAGAUUGGCGGAGGAUAACAAGAGUUUGACGGUACAGGAUGUCAGUAGUAGUACUGCGGACAUGAGGAUAUAUCCGAGUUUACCACUACUGAACUUCCUAGGCUUGCUUUUAUUGGUUGUUCAAAAGGGAGCUGCAGACCUAUUCAGAGAGCUGAAGACCAAAUAUGCGACCCAUAUCAAGGAGGUCGAAAUUUGGGAUGAGGCAUUGCUGUCCAUUGGGGAGAUGUAUUUCGGUAUACAAAGGCCACGGCAGGGCAAUCCGUUGUUUGAUAUGAUGGGCAGCAUGUUUGGAGGGGGUGGUGCUCCUGCGAAACCACAGCCUAAACGUGUAGGGGCAGCAGCACCGGCAGCAGAGGGUUUAGACUGA